AUGCAUACCGACACCUUCCACCUCUACUCAUAUUUCUGCUCCUCAUGUUGCCAACGAAUCAUCAUAGCCGCUAACCUCAAAGGCAUCCCUCUUGAAUACACCUACGUGGAUCUCGGCACAAAAGAACACACAACGGACGAAUACAAAGCAUCGAACCCCAGCGCCAGCGUGCCGACCUUGAUAGUGACAAGCGCCAACGGCGAAAAGACCAUCCUCCGCCAAUCCAUGACCAUCCUAGAAUAUUUCGAGGAGAGGUACCCAAAUAUAUAUCCACUUCUCCCUCCGGGAUUACACGAUCGGGUGCAGGUACGGGAUUUGGUGAAUAUCAUCGCAAUCGAUACACAACCGACUACAAACUCCCGUAUCGUACAACGCGUGAAAGCUAUCCGUGAGAGUCGCGAGGAUCAGGUUGAAUUUGCCACACAGGCCUUUACCGACGGAUUCAAAGCCUACGAAGGUCUGUUGGUGAAGCAAGCCAGGGAGGGGGCAUAUUCAUGGGGAAAUACUGUUUCUAUGGCGGAUGUGGUACUAGUCCCUACAGUUGACCAGGCUUUGUUGUACCGAAUGGAUUUGGAUUUUGUGCCUAACGUCAAGCGCAUCCAUUCUGCUCUCAAGGAGUUGGAGGCUUUCAAGGCUGCGGAUUGGCGGAAUCAGGGGGAUACACCGGAGAAAUUUCGGGGUCAGAAUGCUUGA